UUUGAUCAACAGAUACGAAGAAUCAGCUGGGCGUCAUCAGCUGCUGCCCUCACUGCCAACAACAAGACAGAUACACAUCGUCUAAGCGUCUCCAAUACCGUUGAUACUAUUUAGUCCUCUUUGACCAAUGGCGGAGACGGAGCAGAGUAAGAGGAUAAUGGCCUCGAUUCCGCUGAAGUAUACGUACGCGUUGAAGAGCAAAUCAAGCACUGGCCUUCUCUACCAGUCGGACACUGGGUUGUGGAGAGACGUUGAUCCUAGUAAUGGCUACAUAGCAUCGGUAUUACCACAACAGUCAUUGUCGCAGUUCCAGAUCAUCGAUGGAGUGUCCAACUUCAACGAUCUGCUAUCUUCUGGUGUUAAACUGUCGAUCAUGGACUCGAGAAGAAACGGGCCGUUUCUCGAGUUCGCAAUACAAGGUGUUGAUGAGAAGGCGUCGAGUUGUGUUGACCAGCACAAGGACAUCCUUAAGCGUUAUCAAACAUUCGACGUACAAACAAUUGUUCAAGAUCAAUCCAACAGGGCAUUGUUUACACAAUAUGGACUCAAUGACGACUUCCGCGCGCAGCUGGAUGCCGUGGCCAAAUUCUGUAACGUUGAAAUAUUGAUAUCUAAACAGCAGCAUAGCUUCAAUCUGACAAGUGUUUCAAACAGAUCUAACUCAAAACCAAGCGACAUUUACAUCUACAUUGUCGGAUCCUCAGAAGAUACGGUCUUUGCAGAGACUAGGAUUAUAAUCCUGCUGGACAACGUGCAAAAGCUCUUUGUUGAUUCAUGCACUUUGGGAUUAUCCAUGAUCCCUGUAGUUGGUGGUGUGGGAUUUGGUACAUUCAAGGCAAUUGCAAAGGAAACAGGUGUUAAUCUAUACCUUCCCAACCUUGUCCAGCAGUUCCAUUCAAAUUCACCGCUGCAUAAAUCAGAUGAUAUCUUCUUCUCUGGUUUGGAAGCAGAGGUCUCUCUAGCGAAGAAGCUGAUCACGGAAGUGAAGGGAAAAUUAGAAUCCCAACUGUUCUACAAGAACAUCGAAGUCUUGAAGUACAAAAAGGAUCUCGUAUUGGUGAGUAAACAAUCUGAAUUAAGCUCUAUUAUGUACAAAUAUGGAGUCUUCAUUGAAACUUCUCCAUUGGGGUUUGACGGCUCCACUGUGCAUUUCCAGGGUCAUUCAACUGAGUCAAUUGAAAACGCAAUUUAUGACUUCUGCUCUCUUACAAACGACAUUUAUGUUGCUGAUAUAUCAUUCCACAUUGAUAGUUCAUCUGGUGAGUCCUUUGAACCUGUUACCCCGUCGCUGGAGACUAAAGAGGUCGAGGAGCUCCUAGACAGACUGUCGGUUGCAUCUGGUGUCACGAUCUACUUCGAUUUGGAAUUGGGUUCUUUCAAGAUCGUUGGCAGUAGGGAUAACCUCAUCAGGGCUCUCAAGAUGUUCCAGACGUCUUCAUUACAACUAUACUCUGGUGCAGUCAGUGCAAGUAUUGUUCUCAAUGUUGAACUGGGAUUGUCAUUCCACGAAUUUAUUAGUGGAAAGAAAAAUGGUAAGAUAUCUAAAAUCACCAAUGGCUCACACUCUUUUAUCAAUUUCCAUCCGUUAAAUGAAUAUAGCAUGUUGGUUGAGCUAAGAACUGAUGACUUCAAUGAUUUCUUCCAUGCAUAUUCGCAGCUACAAGACGAACUUCCAUCUGAAGUCAAAUUCUACAUUCCAGAAUCUUUCCAUAGACAGAUCAUCGGGACUGGAGGCUCAUUGAUCCAAUCUAUCAUGAGAAAGUAUAACGUCUUUGUGAAGUUUUCCAAUACUUAUGAUCUAAAGAACAAUGCGAAGAGUCUGGUUAGAUAUGACAAUGUGAUCAUCAGAUGUCCUUCAAAGAAUGCUUCCAAUAUCCCACUUGUGAAGAACGAACUGAAUGGGCUAUUGAUUAACAACGAGAAUAUCACUUUUUUCAACACUUAUCUCAAGAUCUCCAGAAAUCAAUACCACUUGUUCAAUUUUGAUAAGAUUCAAGAGAUUGAGAAGAAAACAUCAACGUUUAUUAAAUUCCCAGCUGUUGAACCUGACGAUUUUGCCAUCAUUGAGGUUCUGGGAACUGAGUCAUUUUCUAUCAAUGCUACAAGAUUGUUAUCGUUAGAACUUGCUGAGAGUUAUGAGUUUAGAUUGGCCCGCUCGCCAAACUUCCAUAAAGUCGUGACUGAUUCCAACGUGAGCUAUGUGGAAAAGAUCAAAGUGCCAUUGAAAUUGCUCUAUAACUUUGAAAUUAUGGCCUCAGACUCUAGGACUGCGGAAUUGGGCUCUUAUCAUUCUAUCAUCAUAAGUUAUUUGCCAGGAAGUGACAUACAUCUUGGUGAGGUUAUUGGACAUGUGACUGCAUUCCUUCGUGAGUACGACUUUAUGAUUGUUGAUCGUACAUCAUUGUCGAAUAGUGAUCUGAUCAUCAGUGGUUCUGCAGAGAGGUUCUCGGCUUCUAAACCACAGAGCAUCACACAGCCAGCUCCUGGAACCCUCAGCACAAGGUUCACUGGUGUGCCAUCUGGAAUCACCAACCUGUCUUUUACAGCAUCUCAACCACGUCAACUAUGGCAAUUGCCAAACAAAAAUGUGAAUGACUUUGCAGUUUCCCAGCCUGUUAUUGUUCAGCCAUUUACUCAAUAUGUCUCUGCAAAGAGGACACAUGGCCACAGUCUGAAUAAACAUUAGAUGAUGAAUCUGGAUCCAGACUUGCUAAAAAAACGAAUAUCAAACACAUGACCUAUGAUACCCUAAUAAUCACGCUAACGUUUCUGCUAUGUUGGCUGUUCAUACUUUAUAUCUUACAUGAUUUCUGAUGAAGAAGA